AGAAGACCCUGAGUUUUCCUACUCUGCUAAUGAUGCCGGCGAUACUCCUCUUUACCUAGCUGUCGAGAGGGGAUACACUCAUUAUUGUCUUCAAAUACUUGAAGGUUGCAAAAAUCCAACUUAUGAAGGCCCAAAUGGUAGAACGGCUUUGCACGCUGCAGUUAUCCGCAAUGAUGAAGUAAUGACGAGAGCAUUACUAAAAUCGGAUAGAACUCUGGCAAAAGCAGCAGACGAACGAGGAUGCAUUCCGCUUCACAUGGCUGCAGAUUUUGGUUACUUUUCAAUGGUUAAUCAACUAUUGGAAUGUGAUAAAUCUACCGCCUACGUUGCUGAUAAUGAUGGGCGCACAGCUCUUCACUUUGCAGCGUCCGACGGCCAUCUAGAUAUAAUGAAAGAGCUUCUUACUCAUUGCCCCGAUUGUUGUGAACUGGUCGACAACAAAUGUCAAAAUGUGCUUCACUAUGCCAUAAAGAGCCAUCAAGAGGACGUAGUUUAUUUUGUGUUAACGGAUCUGUGGCUUAGCAACAUACUCUUAAAUGACAAGGAUGCUCAUGGCAAUGCACCUAUCCAUUACCUUGCUCAGUAUCCCUUCCCCUGGAAGAAUGAUAUUAUACUUGAUGCGAAAAUUGAUAUAAUGUCAUUCAACAAGAAAAACUUAAACGCUUUCGACAACAUUCUAGCUAAUGAGGACAACAUAAGUGACGCACUUGAUCUGACUUCAUCCUUAGAUUUGUCUGUGAAGAUAACAUUAAUCUUUUAUGUCUUGCAGGAAGAUUUAAAAAAACUUUUGCAAGUAAGGGGUGGUGGACCAGGUUACAGAAUUAAAAGCCACAACGCUGAUGGCAAUGAAGUGGAGGAGGAACACCAAGGUGGCAAAGACACUGGAGUAGGAAUAACGAAAGCAAGAGAAACCCAUCUGGUGGUGGCUACACUGAUAGCAACCGUAACCUUUGCUGCGAGUUUUACCAUGCCCGGUGGUUACCAAAGCGGAGGAGGAUCGGACCAGGGUUCCCCAAUUCUAUCAAAAAACACAGCGUUCAAAGCAUUUGUUAUAACAGAUACACUAGCCAUGGCCCUGUCUAGUUGUUCUGUCCUGGUGCUCCUGUAUUCCUCCAUUCACACAAAAGGAAAGUACAUGACCCAAAUCUCUGAGACGUUUCAAAUGGUAGUAACUUUGACAAUGUUGGCUUUGAUUGCAAUGGUGAUUGCAUUCGUUACUGGCACAUACGCAGUACUUGGUGGUCAUUCUCCGGGAUUAGCCAUUGCAGUUCUUGUGCUUGGUUGCUUUUUCUUCUAUUUCUUUGCACAUUCCAUUCUUUCUUUAGAAAGAAAAAUACUAAAGGCCCCGCAUUUCCUGCACCAUUUGUAUUCAGGCAUUGUAUUGCUAAUAAGUAACUCAUGUAUUUCGCUGCUUAACUCGAUGCUCUUGAGGGGAACAUACAGGCCUCGGCCGACCGAGUAGCUGUUGGAGCCUAAAUCGUUUCUGGUAACUGGAAUUCGAAACAACAGAAGUAGCAGAAGCAGCAACAAGUUUACUUUAGUUUUAAAGUUUAGUAGUAAUCAAGUGACAAGUGUACUGUCCAGAUUAAAUUUGCAAAUGGUGUUAGGUUAAUUGUUUGUCUUCUAGCUCCAUUGUAGAUAAGUUUGUGAGUUGG